AUGCACACUUGUGAAGAGGUUGGCAUUGCUGCCGAGACUGCACAGGAUCUUGAAGCAUCCUUCGCGUGGGCACCUCCACUCUCGACCGAACCUCGCGAUGCAGAUGACUUGCUUGCUGGUCCAGAGAUGAAAAGGACUGAAGAAGUUCACAACGUUAAUGAAGUUGAAGUGCUCGAGGGAAAUGCUUUUGAUUUUGACGAGUUGGAUCGGGUCGAACAAGGAAUAAUACCACAGGCUAUUCUAGAUGAGGUUGAGGUGGUUAAUUACAAUGGCGAGGGUGGCGGAUG